AAAAUAUGUGUCUGAAGGGGUACAAGUCCGUAAUGAGGAAUUCUUCAAGUUCGUUAUUUGUAUAAGAUUGUGCUGUGUAAAUUGAUUAGAAAAUGCCAUUAAUAAAAAAACCUAUGCGUUAUGCACAUCCGGAAGGACAUACAGAUGUUUGUUACUUUACCGGUGAAAAAAAAGGCCUUGUUACUUGUGGAUCUGAUGGAGAUGUUCGAUCUUGGUUAAAUUUAAUGGAUGAUGAUCCAGCUGCGAGUUGUGUUGCAGACCAAGCUAUAUCAGUAAUAUCAAAGAAUGGAAAAAUAUUUGUUGGUAAUGACAAUAACACAGUUCAAAUACUUAAUUAUCCUGAUCUGGAGAAAGAAGGAAUAGUAACUAGAUUUUCAGCACCUGUAUCUGCAUUAGCAACAACAAAAAACAGUAAUAUUAUAGUAUCAGGAUCAUGCGAUAUGAGAAUACAAGUUACUGAUAUCAAUACAUCAGAUAAUACAGAGCUCUUGGGUCAUGAAGCUCCUAUAUUAGGUUUAUCAUUGGAUCCUAAGGAAGAAUUUGUGGCAUCAUCAAGUGCAGAUGGAUCAGUACGAGUAUGGAAUAUUAAAGAAAAACGUGUUGCAAAUAUUUGGAAUAAUAUUGUACCCAAAUGUAACUCAUUUUUUACAUCAAAAGUUUACUGUGUGCCUUCAUUUCAAGGUAAAGAUGGAAGUUGUCUUGCAUAUCCACAUAUGAAAGAUGUAGUUGUAGUAGAGAGAUCUUCUUGGAAGGAAUUGUUUCAUCUGAAAUGUAUCAAUAUCAAAACUGAAAUUAGUAUAUGUAAAUUUUCUGAAUGUGGUACAUUAUUAGCUGCCAGCACUAUAAAUGGGGAAAUAAUUGUUUGGGAUGUAAAAACAAAGGAUUUGAUUGGUUACAUUGAAAACCAACAGAAUGCUAAAAUUACUUCAUUAUCUUGGAAUAUUGAUGCACCAGAUGAAAUUGCAUUUUGUGAUCAUUUAGGUCAAUUAGGAUGCAUUGAUGUGAUACUCUGUGAGAAGCUAUCAAGCAAUGAAGACAAUGUAGAAAUAAAUGGACAUGUAGAAGACAAUGAUAUCUGUUUACCAGAUGAGGAAGACGAUGAUGGAGAAAAUGUUAUAUCUUUAGAUAAAAUUAAAAGGUCAGUGGACCUUGAAGAAGAUCAGAAGAGUUGUUCUGAGGAAGAAACUGUGAAGUCACAACACGACACAAAUGUCUUUGCACCUGAAAUUAAUUUGCAACCACCAUUUCAGCCUGGCUCAUCUCCAGUACAUUUAUUAUCUCGUUUUAUGGUUUGGAACGAUACUGGUAUGGUAAGAUGUUUUACUUCUGAAGAUGGGGAUGAGUCUAGCAUUGAAAUUGAAUUUCACGAUGCAACAAUUCACCGUAGCAUGCAUAUUAACAAUUAUUUAAGACAUACUGUAGCAACUUUGUCACCAUAUGCACUUGCACUGAACUGUCCAUCAAAUAGUGACACACGAAGUAAACUUGUUGUAAUUGUGUUACAAGGUUGGGGCUCUGGAAACAAAGAAUGGUCUGUAGAUCUCCCAGAAGAUGAAGAAGGGCAGUGUGUUGCUGCUGGUGAUACUUUUGUUGCACUUGCAACAUCUAAAAGGAAUUUAAGAAUUUUUACAGUAGGAGGCACACAACGUGAAAUCAUAUCAUUGCCCGGUCCUGUUGUUGCAAUGAAUGGCCUUAGGAAUACGGUAGUAAUUGCUUAUCAUAGCGGAAUAGGUGCAUUGGGUGAUCAAAACAUGAGUUUACUAUGGAUUCAAAUUCGUGGCUUAACUUUACAUAGUAAGAAAUUAUCUCUUCCACUGUCCCCUUCAUCAGAACUUAUGUGGUUAGGACUUACCGAUAUUGGAUCUCCUGCUGUUAUGGAUGCUGACGAUGUUAUUAGAGUAUAUAACAAAAAAUCAUCUUUAUGGAAAGUUGCCAGCGACUUGAAUGGGCAGACUAAAGGCAAAGCUGAUCAUUAUUUCAUCAUUGGAAUCAAUGAACAAGAAAGUAUUGCUCGGUGUGUUUUGUGCAAAGGAAGUUAUUAUCCACCGACAACCCCACGACCUGUGAUAACAGAAUUGUCUUUGAUUCCGCCACUUUGCGAACCUGAAAGCGAAAAGUCUGAUAAAGAAUUCAAAUUAUGGAAACUGGGAGGCGAUUCCUCAGAAGUAAACGAAGCGGUUCUAGCUCUAUUCGCGCUCGCGUGCCGGAGUAACUUGGAAUAUCGAGCAGUAGAAUUGUGUGAACAAAUAGCUUCAGAAAAAGUUAUAGAAUUGGCAGUCAAGUAUGCCAGAAGAAUAAAUCGAACGGCUUUGUCGAAUAAAUUGGAGUCUAUUGCUGACAAAAGGGACGAAGAGAAUAAAAAGGAACAGGAAACCGAAAAUAAAGAUAAUGAUAUAGACGAAGGGAAAAGUGACGAUGAAGUUCAAAAUAAUGAAAUUGAAGAACCCACGAUUUCACUGUCUGUUCAGAAAAAACCGGAAGUAGAGAUUAAGCCAUUGUCCAUGAGUGAAGCUUUAUCGCUAAAAAGAAGCAAUCCAUUCUUAAAAAGUGGAAACUCGCUUGCAACCAAAGGAUUGGCUGGAUUAGAUAUUACUCCUGAAAAGCCACAGAAGUUAUCAGUAUCAACACCCGCUCCAUCAAAAUCAAAAGCAAAAGAGGCAAAAGCUGGAGCAAAAAAAGAAACAUUUAUUAGUUGGUACGCCAAGAAUAAAAAAAGUUUGCAAGAAGAAUUCCCUGAAUUAAGUCCUGCAGAUCUGACAAAAACGGCUUUAUCAAGAUACAAGGAAAUUGGUGCAACUCCAACAAGUAACGUUCCUCCUGAAUCUACAGACACCAAGAAAAGAAAACUAAGUUCCGAAGACGAACAAAAUAAACCGAAACGAGUUGCGAAUAAAAUACUGAGCACGUUUGCAUUUGGAUGAUUAGUAAUUUACAAUUACAAAAAUAAUUUUAUAUUUUUAAUUUAUCUAAUUAGCAUUAUUUAUUAUUCUGCGCUCGUAUGGUUGCUGUUUACUACAUUUAUAUAAAU